UCCCUCCCCCUUUCUGUCUCAAUUCCCCCCUUUUCUUUUUCCUCCUCUUCCUACCCCUUUUCCCCUCCCCUCGCUUGAUCUCGCUGCAGUGCAAGACCUUCAUCUCGGGGGCUUCCCCCACGCCCUAGUCCUCUCUCUCUCUCCCCUCCCCUUCUCUCUCUUUCUCUGUCUCUCUCUCUCUGUGUCUCUCUCUCUCUCUUUGGCUCCCCAGUGCCUCUCAGAUACUCUGGAUUAACGCACAGUGAUGUAUAAUCCACAGAAUGCCCAGCAGUAUCGGAAAAAGAUUUAAACCGACAAAAUACAUUCCCGUCUCUACUGCAGCCGCCUUAUUAGUGGGGUCAACUUCGCUCUUCUUCGUCUUCACGUGCCCGUGGUUGACCAGAGCCAUCUCCCCAGCUGUUCCACUCUACAAUGGGCUCGUAUUCCUGUUUGUGCUUGCAAACUUCAGUAUGGCCACGUUUAUGGAUCCAGGAGUCUUCCCACGAGCCGACGAAGAUGAGGAUAAAAGGCCUGACAGUUAUGCCUGCAUUAUUACACCGUCUCUCCUGUUGUCUCACCAGGAUUUUGAUCAUCACUGCCCUUGGGUUAAUAACUGUAUCGGAAGACGAAACUACCGCUACUUUUUCCUUUUCUUGCUGUCUUUAAGUGCCCAUAUGGUCAGCGUGUUCACCUUCGGGCUUAUCUAUGUCUUACAUCACGCUGAAAAAGUGGGUGUGGCCCACACCGCCGUCACAAUGACGGUCAUGUGUAUCGCUGGGCUGUUCUUCAUCCCAGUUAUUGGCUUGACUGCUUUCCACAUUGUUUUAGUGGCCCGAGGACGCACAACCAACGAGCAGGUGACGGGUAAGUUCCGUGGAGGGGUCAACCCUUUUACUCAAGGAUGCUGCGGUAACGUGGAACAUGUCCUUUGCAGCCCCCUGGCUCCUAGGUACAUUGUGGAUCCCAAGAAGAAAGAGAUGGUAAGCGUGAAGCCCCCUUUCCUGAGGCCGGAUCUAAAGGAGCGACAGAUCACCGUCAAAAUAAGUGACAACGGUGUUCAAGCCAACCUCAACCAGAGCAAGUCUAAAAUUAGCCUAGAAGCGCUGGAUGAAAAUAGCAUGGAUAUACAGCCUCCACUUCCACCCAAAGGGGAUUCAAGUAAAUACAGUGAACUGGGAAGCACUGAAGAGAGCAGCCUUUCUCCCAAACUGAUUAGCCCUCCCACACCUGCCAUGUACAAAUAUCGCCCUGCUUUCAGCAACAACUCUAAAGUCCACUAUCAUGGAACAUCUGAGCAGAUCUCCCUCCAGGAAGGACUCAGGCAGAGCUCCCUGGCCGAUGACAACGACAGCAGCCUGGAUUAUCAAUCCGAGCCCAGCAUGGAGCUCCCCAACUAUCGGAAAAGUUCCCUUCACAAGACCUAUCAGUCUUCUCCACUCCAAGCCGAUUCUUUCGCCGCCAACUCCAGAUCCCUCAGUCUGAAAACGGGUGGCCGGAGAGGCCCCGACAAACUGCCCAUCCAUCCCAUGAAAUCCGAAGGGGUGACUUCAACCCCCUACAAAAGCAUCUUCGCCCCCAAUUCUCUCUCCAACAGGAACGGGAGCUUAUCCUACGACAGUUUGCUCAACCCCAUUUCCCCAGCUGGGAAACGGUGCAUCGCGCACGCCGCGGUGGGCUCCGUCGGAUACCACUCGCCAUAUUUGUCUGCCAAAAUGUGCCAUCUGCGGGGAAGGGAACUCCAGCGCCCGUCUCCCCAGACCUUUAGCCCCGGGCAGGGUGGGCCGACCCCGCACCCGCGAGACCCCUCCCCAGUCCGCUACGACAACCUGUCGAAAACCAUUAUGGCGUCCAUCCAAGAAAGGAAGGAGAUGGAGGAGAGGGAAAAGCUCUUACACUCUCACCCAGACUCCGUGUUUGCAGAUUCAGGGGUGUAUGACACACCGAGUUCUUACAGCCUUCAGCAAGUCAGCCUGCUGUCAGACGAUCCCCGUAGCUUAGUCCUGAGAUACGGCUCCAGAGACAAUUUGAUGCCCCACAGCAGCUUCAGUGCACGCAAUCCGGCUUUGCAGACAUCAGUUUCUUCCCUCUCCAGCGCCAUGACCCGAGUGUCAAGGACUUCCACACCUUCUCUCCAAGCAGACCUAGCCAACAACAACAUCCAAGCCCAUCAGGCACUGCAGGGCAGGAUGAGUAACGGCUCCUACAAAUCGCCAAGCCACCAAGUUCCUUCAUCUCCCAGUGGGAUCCCCCGGUCUCCCUCGUACGGGGCUCCAAAAUCCGUCUCCUUCGUUAACACAAUGGAACUAACAGACGCCCAGUCCAUAGGCCCUGCAAGGGAGGAUGUCCCACUGAAGAGCCCCCACAGUAAAAUCAAUGGACAGCCAAAGGGUCUUUCCAGAGUCGAGUGUCGGAUAGGCUCAACUUCUAGUAUCCAAGCUCCUGUGAGUCCAGCUAGACACUCAAACGUUAAGAAAGUCUCUGGGGUGGGUGGAACAACUUAUGAAAUUUCAGUGUAAACAAAAUAAGAAGAGUAAGGAUAUGGGAGAAAGAAGGCAUCCACUGCAAAUCCAUCGGUGGAGCUACAUUACACUGUGAAGAUCCAACUGGACAGAAGGAGGGAACCAACCGGUGGUGUCUGCUGUGUAUUACUUCAUGGCUGGACUUAUGUUUUUUUUUCCCCCAACCAUUUUGAAAAGACAACAUGGAGGUCACCCUUUGCCAGCCAAGGCCAGCUGAAGGCUUAUUCUGCAACGGAUGAUGCACUUGGCACAGCUCGUUGGGUACUUCCUGGACAAACUGACCCAUCUACCACCGACAACGCCAGCUGUGUCAAACAAUGGUAAAAAAAAAUCCAUUGUGCAUUUGUCUUUGUCCAUCCCAUCCGGUCCGUAGACCUUGUUGCUUUCUCCUCCAGCCCUGCUUCAAGUCUCCAGGCUGGUUGAAGGCCAAAUGAAGAAGUGAUUGAACUCAUGAGGAAGUGUUGAUGGAACUCAUGAGGAAGAGUUGAUGGAACUCAUGAGGAAGAAAUGAUGGAACUCAUGAGGAAGAAGUGAUGGAACUCAUGAGGAAGAGAUCAUGGAACUCAUGAGGAAGAGAUCAUGGAACUCAUGAGGAAGAGAUCAUGGAACUCAUGAGGAAGAGGUGAUGGAACCCAUGAGGAAGAGAUCAUGGAACUCAUGAGGAAGAAGUGAUGGAACCCAACAAGUUUCUGGUUUUCUCUUUUCAGUUCAUAUGUGAUCCAUACAAAUCUCAGAAGACCUGUGUUUGAGGCAAGCAAGUGCUACCUAAUUGAUAGUCUUCUGGGCCCCCAACCCUUUUCUUAUCUGUGAUGGUCUUCUUAAUUCAUUUCAGGGGUGGCCGAAGGGAAUCAGGUUUGUGCAUCCAUGCUUUCUUCCUGUUAGGAUGAGUGGGAAAUUCAUAUGCAUACACUCACGAGAAACCUAAUCUAUUGAAGAAAGGUUGACGGACACCACUAGACCUCUGAGUCUUGUUCAGUCUCUUAGACACCAUCCUUUGGGCCAAGAAUUGGGACAAUUUUCUAACCAUCAACUUACCAUCUGCUGAAGCAUCUGAAAACUAUAAUGCUCCCAUGAAGAGUUGUGCAAAUAAGGGACCUCCGUAUUUUCCCCUUUGGACAAUUCUAGGUGGGUUUUCAAACGUUACCAAUAACGCUGUCCUUCUUUUGAAGGGGGGGAAAAAAUCAAAAUAUUUGAGAAGGUAACUUAUGAUUUUAAAACAGCCAUACUCCUUCCAACUCUCCUGCUCCUGGGGGCUGUGAAAAUGGUGUUAAAUUGUCUUGCACUGGUGCAGCGUGUAUAACCUCGA